AUGGUUCAAGUUCUCUUCCUCCACCCCACACACACACACCAAAGCUUCCUUCUGAAAUCAUCCAUGGCUGUACGUUGUUUGGUAUCUCCAAAUCUCUUUAAUUCUAAUAACAACAAGGUUUCCGGACUUACUCGACGCCCUCGUUUGCUUCCUAUUUCUUGUCUCUCCAAGAAACACGAUCCUUCUUCUUCGGCAGCUAUUAAUGGAGGAGGGAGCUCAAAAAAGCGUCUGAUCACUUUAUCUCCUAGUGAAGGCAAAUGGAAUGGAAACUGGAACACUCAGUACGAUGUCUCUCUUCGUGACCUUCAACUUCAAGAUCUCGUUGAAGAUGGCCCUGCCAAUUCCCGUGUCUCUGUCGACCUCUCUGUCCAAAGGCACGCGAGCAUGGGUCUCUCGGUUGAUGGAAGGAUCAUGACUUCUAUCGCAAGAAAGUGCAGCAUUUGCUCCUCUCUUUAUUCUCGACUGAUCAAUACAAGUUUUACCGUCUGGAUUUUGCCAACAAGCCGAGAAAAUCGAGCUUCAACAUUGCCAGUAAUUGGCGGUGAUGAUCCUUCGGUUAUAUAUGUGAGACCUGGAUAUGAAGCUAACCUUGAUUCCCUUGUACAAGACACUAUCCGCCUCACAACGUAUGCUAAAGAUAUAUGCUCGGAUUCAUGUGAAAAAUCGGAACCGACACUGCACUAUGUUGGUGAGAAAAAUACAGCUUCUGUUCACAAGAGAUGGUCAAGACUACUUGAGCUUAAGAAGAUGUAGAAACCAUUUUUAUUUUUCAGUUUCUCUUUUCAAUGUAUUUCAAAGUCUCAUUAAGAUUUUGAUACUAUUCAUACUCAAAUAGAUACAAAAUAAAAUAAAAACCACAUCGACAAGAAAAUGUAAUGCUUUAUGUAACAUGUAAAUUUGUGAAACUGAUGAGGCUAGACCGCUGUCAUA